GUCAGUGGUCUUCAGGUCUGAAAGUCGAAGCUCUAGAAAGAGGCCCGAGUUCCUGAGUUAGAAUUCCGAGUUGAAUGACCGUUCAAAUUGAUUUUUCCCAAUCGGAGCUCGUUUUUUUCCGAGUUCCCAGUUGUUUUGAACGCCCUGAAGUCGUAAUUCCGAUUUUUCCCAGUUCUCAGUUGUUUCGAUCGUGGCAUUAGUCUCAGAAAUAUGUCGUCAUAGCACGGACAGCAACAACAAACAUGGAAGAAUAUGCCCGUGAACCUUGAACUCACACAGGCUACUGUUUGCCCUCUGCUGUUCCACCAACCACAAGGAUGCCUGGCACUGAAACAUUCCAGGUAUUCCUUUGAUUGGCAGACAGCAAGGGGGACUGGUAUGCUGGAUCCGCCAAACCUAGAUCAAACUGAUAAACGUGCCCUGAUAACCACACAUUAGAACACAGGCACAUAACUGUCCAAGCGGGUCGCUACAGUAUAUUAGGUAAAUCGUUUAUAUACCAGUAAUAGGCCUACAUAUUUAUGCAUAGAUAGACAAGUGGUUUCUCGUUAAUAUAUGUAUUGUGGUUUGUUUACCCAUGGCCCCUACACACACUUCUCAGUCCCUGGAGAAUAGUAGAUGACUGUGGUGGUGCGUUCACCAUGGGGGCCAUCGGCGGAGGGGUGUUCCAGUCAGUCAAGAGCUUUCGGAAUGCUCCUGUGGGCUUUCGGCACAGGCUAAAAGGUAGCGCCAAUGCUGUGAGAUUAAGAGCUCCACAGAUCGGCGGUAGCUUUGCUGUGUGGGGUGGACUCUUCUCUACAAUCGACUGUGGCCUGGUCCGUAUUCGAGGGAAAGAGGACCCCUGGAACUCUAUAACUAGUGGGGCGAUGACUGGGGCAGUCCUGGCUGCACGCAGUGGGCCUUUGGCUAUGGUGGGGUCGGCCAUGAUGGGGGGCAUCCUGUUGGCCUUGAUCGAGGGCUUUGGGAUCCUUCUCACCAGAUACACCGCACAGCAGUUUCAGAACCCGAGUCCCUUUGUGGAUGACCCCAGCCAGCUUCCUCCUAAGGAUGCCAGCCAACAGCAGACUGGGUCCCAGUAGGUUCCAUGGAGCUGCCGGGCCUAGCUACAGCCCUGCGUACUGUGACUGACAAUCUCAGACUAGAGAGGAGAGGGGUGCUCUGAAACCUGACCUCACUGGUGUAAGCAACCUCACCCUGAACCAGCCUCCAUCCUCCCAAUGGUCAUAAGAACAUAGAUGCACUUUAUUAUUAUUCCUCAGGGGUAGAUUACAGGUUAUUUGAGUAAUUUGUUUAUGAAUAUGUUUGUGUAUACUGGUUCACCAGUGUUCCUUCUGACUGGUCCUGGUCCUUUUAUCAGAUUCAUUUAUGCACAAAACCAGGAUUUUGUGGUGACUAAGACUUUUGGUGCUGAAUAACCGCAGUUACAGAAAUAGAAUGGGUAGCUAAACAUGAAUAGGCAUUAAUACAGGUAUGUGUGAGUAUGUAAUGACUGUAUUUAGGAUUAGAAUUUAGUGUCAGGGGUGACAAAAUCAAUGCUGUUCAAAACUGAUGUAAUUGAUUUAGCUUGUAAAAUAUAAUGCACUGAGGGAGGAGAACUGCACUAUCAUUCCAUUUCCUCUCCUCAUGGCAGCUUUCAUAACCGUGAGGCUUAUUAUAACGGUAGGGAUUCAGGGUCACAUCACAAACACACUUAUCUUUUGAUUCCAUUUGCAAACUCAGAAGGCAGGAAUGGAAGGCCGUGUCCAUAUGCUCAUGUGUUCUGCUGCACUGUUUACCUCGCUCCCUUUAUUGCUACUAUGCCAUGCAUUCCCACACAUUUCCAAAGCCUAAGCACUAUAAGGUCUAUCCACUUUGUUGAACCAGAGCACUUUCCUACUCCAUCUCUUUAUUUGUUAUUAUGGUCAUAAAACUUGAGAUGGAGAAGGUUUUUGACACAAUUAGAUAUUAUUUUGUCAUUCAAAACAUGUGACAUGUAAUGUAUAGAAUGCUGUACCAUAUUUGUUGAUUUUAAUUUAUUUAUGAUGCAGAAAAAUAAGUGUUAGCAGUGUAAUUGACUGGAAAAAAAUAAUUAAAUUGUUGAUUCUG